CUAAGCGCUACCAGAUAUACCAUGCUAGUUUUACACAAAACAAAUUCAAAUUUUACAAUAUAAGUUGUUCUAGUGUUAAUGUAACAUAGUGUAAUGGAAAUUUCAAUAUAAUCAUUGUGUCAUUUCCGUCGAUUUUUAGUUAAAAUAUGUGCCCUAAUGGAUAAAAGCUCUCUAUUUGUAAGUGACGUUAUUUGUUGAAUCAAUUCAUCAAUUAUCGUGGCUGGACUGUCACCUUUUGAUGGAUUUUGAUGGAACAUGAAGCUUGGAAGAACUUCACUGGUAGUUACAGAUAUACUUACAUGAAUACAAACAGCUAGAAAAACGUUUUUAAAUAUGUAUUUUUUUAUUUGAGUGACCAAUAUGUUCUUAUAGUCCAAGCAAAUUAGCUGAAAGUGGAUAAAAAUGAGCAGCAACUUCACUACAAGCAUUCCGUCAAACAUCACAGAUGUAUCCAACGACACCUUGUAUAAUUUUAACUCUAAUAUCACCAAUGAAGAUAGUGAUGUAGUUUAUGAAAACGUCGUCGAAAUAUGCGUUUCCUUCCUAUUAGUCUGCUGUCUUUUAGCUAUGUGUGUAAAUACUUUAGUCAUCGUUAGUGUCUAUUGGAUCAGAAAUCCCAUGACCCCAAAUCUGAAGAUCAGCUUGAGUCUAGCCGUGGCUGACGCUUUGAGUUCCAGCAUGACUGGUGUUCUUUUGCUUAUGGAGAAAAGUUUUGCAUAUUUAGGAGUGCUUCCUUGUAUCGUUGAGCUUGUACGUUUAAGCGGAAUUGUCAUCACUGUAUUGCAUCUUCUAGCUUUAAGCUUUAACCAUUAUAUUGGCAUAAUGAAACCUCUUCAUUACAAUGUGAUUGUCACCAAGAGAAAGGUUACCGUUGUAAUAGCUUUCCUUUGGAUAUGUCCUGUCAUCUUGCUAGUCGCUCUCUCAACUCUAGAAAACAACGGUAAACUUUUAAAAAGUAUACACGACAACACCUGUAACAUCCAAAUCUUUUCUACGUUUGCUGUAAGGUUAAGCUACAGCGUUUUAUACUUUUUCCCCAUAUUACUAAUGGUUACCUGCUACACGCACAUCUUAAUCACAGUGCGAAAUCAGCAAAAUAAAUGGAAAGCAGUAUCUAGAUCUGGAAGUUCAAAGUCAAGAGGUCGAAGUAUUCAACCCAAUAAUACCAGUCAAAAGGCCAUAAGAGAACAAGCAAGGCUGCAAGGAAACAUCAAAGCUGUAUACACCACGCUAUUUAUAUUAGGUUCCUGUUUCGUUGGUUGGGUACCAGCUCUCCUAUUUUAUAUCCUCACCUGCGAAGAUUGUCCUAUAAAUGGACCGGCUCUAGAAAGACUUAAUACUGAAUACAAAUAUGAAGUAAUGACAGUUCGCUUAAUGGAAAAUACGCUCAUUAUUAUGAAGAUGUUUGCCAAUCCCAUUAUCUACACAAUCAGGAUAAAGGAGAUUAAAGACAGCACCCAUAGGAUGUACCUUGCGAUCGUUGGACUGUUCUGCCCAAGUCGAAGAAACAACAAUUCAUACGGAUUAGCAUACCAACCAUCACGGAAACAACACAGUGUUGUCACGUCUCAAAUACGCAUGAACUCUUUUCGUACUUCAACGGAGACUCAAGUCAUUUGACAAGAGGUUAUGAUGCAAAAUACACUGUUGUAAAUUGUUGUGAAUUUUCUGUAUCGAUUGCCGUGUUGGGAGAGGCAGGAAUGUAUAAAGAUUUAAUAUUAUAAUGCGACUUAGGCUGAGCUUAUCCGAAAUUAGUAGUAUACGUUAGUAUACGUUAGUAGUAUAGUUAUUUUACGAAUUUGCAACUACUUUGGAUUAGGAAUGAAAGCUUUGACUAAAGGAAUUAGACAAGCGGCACACCCCUAAUUUGUGGCUUAGACAUCGAAAAAGCAACUAUGAUAGGUGAAUGGCAAAAUUUGGUCAUUAUUUAUGUUUUGGAGGUCGCUGAAUCCGAAUAUGAAGUUUAUUUUUAUCUAGAAUUGGUGUAACAUGUUCCAAAAUCAAAUUUUGAGCAAAAAUGAAAAAUAAUUGAGUUUUCAACUUUAAUUCGCUGUAUCGACAACAUUUGAGUUAUGUUUUAAUGCUGUGUUAGCUAAAAUUACAAACUAAAAAGUUUGUCACUAAACUUUUUUAAGUAAACAUGAAAUUAACGAAAUCUGACGAAAAAAUGUUUAAAAUAUAACAACUCCUCUUUUAAUUUUUUUAAACAUUUCAGACAAAUCUCAUUGUUAUCUAAAUACUUCAAAGAUGAUACAGUAAAUUUUCAAAAGGAAAUAUUUACACCGACCAAAGAUUUGAAAAAUCAUCAAAAUUGAUUUUUCGCAUUUUUGCACACAAUUUUAUUUUUUAACAUGUUCCACCAAUUUUAGAUAAAAAUAAACUUUAUCUUCAGAUUCGGGGCCUCGAAAACAUAAACAAUGACUAAAAAUGGUCAUUCACCUGAAAGUUGAUUUUCGUGGUCGGUAUAUCGUCAUUUUAGGGGUUGCUGCCGCUUGCCUAAAUGAACUUCUUCUUCUUCAAGUGCCAUCUUCGUUCCAAAGGUUGGCGAUUAUCAGGGCUAUACGUAUUUUCGAUACUGCUGACCGAAACAAUUCGUUGUUGCUACAGCUAUACCAUUCCCGUAGAUUCUUUAGUCAGGAGUUUCGUCUUCUUCCUAUGGACCUUUUUCCUGCUAUCUUCCCCUGCAUAAUUAUUAUAAACAGUUCAUAUCUUUCGCCUAAAUGAACACAUUAAUGUGAUUCAUCGUUGCGUCGAUGACACGAUUUAUGUCGGAAUAUAAGCGACAGCGUUUUUUCAUAUCAUGAACACAUUGCUGCGAUUAAUCGCUGUGACGACGACGCGUUUUGUCUCAUUGAGUACAUUAAACCGAUGACUACAGCAAGUCUGGAAUGGGUUCUUUAGAAUAUUUGCGAAACCAGCUCAUGCUGUUCUUUUUGACAAGUUUUAAAACAUUAAUUGUGAUUAAUAUCACUGAAUGUUUAUUUACAUAUUUACAAAGACUUGAAUUUUGUAUGUAAGUAUUAAACAAUAAUCUAUCGAAUAUCAAACAAUAGUAAGAAUAAAUAAGAAAAUAAUGCUCCAGUUUUUUUCUCAACUUGUUGCCAUUCAGCAAUAGUCAAUCGAGCCCUGCGGGCUCUCCUGUCAGGCAUAACCUGUUCUUACCCGGCAAUAGCCAGGCAACAAGUUUUCAAAAAAUUGUUACAAUAUUUUCAAUUUAUUCUCACUUUCUUUGUGAUGAGUUAUGUCUAUAGUCAAGUAUUAUGUCAGAUGCCCUUCGUUGCUACACAAACAUGAACAUUCAGUGACAUUAAUGACAAUUAACCUUUUACAACUUGUCAAAGAGAACACCAUGCAUAGUUAUAGCAGCACAUAUUCAGGCGAAGAUGUCAAUAAAAUAUUAGUUAAAAUGAUUCAAAAUGAAAGUUUAUUCAUGAAAUAAUCUUACCGAAUUACACUCGAGCCCUUAAAAAUUACCGGUUUGUUUUACCUUCGUGACAGUUUGACAUAAUUUCACUCCACACUAAAUUAAAACUGUCAAAGAGUCACUAGAGAUACAAAUCGAUAAUUUCAGAGCUCUCGUUUAAUUACUACUGAUUAUUUCAUUUAUAGAGAUUCUGACCAAUAGAAGGAUAAAUACAAGAAUGCAAAAAUACAAGAAUAAAUAUGACAGCGGGAAUUUUUUUCGAUAAUUUCGCGUCGUCAAGUAUUACGCCAGGACCUCGAUUUUUGACCCUUCGCUUCGUUAUCGAACGUAUUCGCUUCGCAUCUGUUUAGUGUACAGAUAGCGAAUGAUCGACAACGAAGCGAAGGGUCAAAAAUCAUGGUCCACAGUUGACAAAUACUUUCUCUUCAUUUGGGUUAAGAUUAGUUCAAUAGUUCAAUCAGGUUAAGUUCGAUAUGAUACGGUGGUGAUCACAAAUUCGUAUAUCUACGUUCUUUUGCUACUUCAUCUACAGCAUAUAUGCAUCUUAAAUUUUUGGUGAGUGUACCUAACUUACAUAAAAAUAAAAACUCUUUUUAAGUAGGUAUUCCUUCUUCUAUCUUCACUUCUUAGUUUAUUAACCAAUCUUGAAGGUUUUUCUUUUGCCAAUUUUUAUUGUCCGUUACUAGAUUUGUUAUUUAAUCUUGAAUGGUAGCCGGCAUUGUCCAUAACUACGACAGAACAGGCCCGUAAGUACCAUUGGGGCAACCGGGGCAGUGCCCUGGGGCCCCCAGUUAAGAGGGGCCCCGCAGGUGCCCCUUUUUUGACUGUGCAUAGAGUUUAACGAUGAAAAUAAAAAUAUGUAUUUUAAAAGCCGAUCCCAACGAAAUAUUUUCAAAUGACACAAUUUUAAAAAGACCUUACAGGAGCACCUUAGAACUGAACAUAAAGUUUUAAUUUUUCACUGGAGAAAUUAGUAUUUUCGACUAAAAUGUAAUUGGAACAGAACCCUUAGAAGGGCCCCUCAGGCCUGAGCUGAGCUGGGGCUCCUGAGAACUUAAUAUAAAAAUUUAAAUUAAUACUUAGGAAAUUAGUUAUUUCGGCG